CUGCCAAAGAAUCAAAGACGACCCGGGGGGCCCAGAACGUCAUGGGCCAGGGGCACGCGACUUAUGAUAUAACUGUGGUAGACCCUGUUUUUUGAUACCUUCGCACAGAAAUCGAAACCGAGAGCUUGCUGCGUCGAAGACAAUGGCUGAGAAAACGUCCCCGGCAACGAGCGAUUCGAAUGGCGCGAAGACGCCCGCGCCGCAAUUGAAGAGGACCAAGUCUGACGACACGGAUCUCGAUGAUUACUUCGUUGGACCACGAGAUCUCGACCAUCAUUCGAAAUGGCCAAUCUUCCUUCGCCUCCACGGGAGUAUCACGCCCGAAAUGAUUCUGCCGCUACUCUUCGUGGGCGGAUGGGCAACCGCGAUAACGUGCAUAUCGAAGUUCGUCCACAAUCUCGGCAUCAACCAGCUCCUCCUCACAGUCCUCGGUUUCGUCGUCGGUCUGGCUCUUAGUUUCCGCAGCUCCACGGCAUACGAGCGCUACAACGAAGGGCGCAAGUACUGGGCGCAAUUAACGCUUGCCUCGCAGAACCUUGCGCGCUUGAUCUGGAUCCACGCGGACGAGCGUCACACGGAUCCCGAAGUGGGCAAGAAGGACCUGCUCUCGAAAAUCAGCUGCUUGAACCUCAUCGUGGCAUUCUCCCUCGCGUUGAAGCACAAGCUGCGAUUCGAGCCAUACACGCACUACGACGACAUAGUGCACAUGGUCGGACACCUUAGCACCUACGCAAAGGUCGCAGACAAGCCAGACGAGAGCAAGAAGCCCAAUAUCUUCAAGACAGCAGGCCAAUUCCUCGGCCUUCCGAUGGCGGCGUCGAAUCCUCGGAAGCUCAUCAAGCGCGCCAAAGUACCGUUGGGAAAUCUCCCCCUGGAGAUCCUCAACCACCUAUCCUCAUAUAUGAAAAUGGUGUACGACAACGGCACGCUCAAGGUCUCUAUCUACCAAACACAGUCCCUCAACGCCCUCACUACCAUGAACGACGUCCUCACCGGCACAGACCGUAUCCUCAACACGCCGCUUCCCAUCGCAUACAGCAUUGCAAUUGGCCAGAUUACCUGGGUCUACAUCCUGCUCCUGCCCUUCCAGCUCUUCAAGUCCCUCGGCUGGGUGACAAUCCCAGCUUCCGUUUUCGCCGCCUACAUUAUCCUAGGAAUCGCGCUUAUCGGCCGCGAGAUCGAGAACCCCUUCGGCGACGACGUCAACGAUCUCCCACUCGACGCCUUCUGCGACCAGAUCCGCAAGGACAUCGACAUCAUCAUGAGCCGCCCUGCACCAGCUACCGAUGAGUUCGUGCUGAGCGAUGAGAACGAGCUGCUGUAUCCGCUGAGUCACCUGGGAAGCAAGUCAUGGGCGGACAAGUCCGUGGAGGAGAUCAGAGAGGCCCUGGGUCAGAAGCCCAAGAUUCAUUACCCGAGGACGGAAAGCGAAGAGGUGAGGAAGGUUAAGGAAACAACGGCGGAGGCUGCAGUUUGAGAUAUUCCGAACGAGGCUCUUUGGCUCGGCGCUUCGAUAUCCAGAUAUCCUCUGCGCGUCUUUAGUGGGUAAAUAUUCCUGUACUUGCACGCCAGUAACUCC